AUGACUAUCAUGCCAAACCACAAGACUACCAACGAUACGAUCCCUGACUUUGAGCUCAUCGCUCCCUCCAUAUGGGUUUAUGAUCCGCAACUAUCAUUUCGUGCUACACCUUUCUCAUCGCAAAAUGGUGUGGCACCGUCACUUAUUCUGCUAUGCACAUGGACAGGAGCCCAGAACCGUUACAUCGCCAAGUACACAGCAGAAUACAGAACUCUUUUCCCUUCAUCGCGUAUCAUGGUUAUCACAACCUCCGCGAAAGAUCUCUGCUUCAGAAACUCCUCACGCAAACAGUGGCGCAUGAGACCCGCCAUCGAACACAUCUCCAGCUACCGGUACCUGGCUGCCCAAAAGUUCAAUAGUGGAAUACUGCUCCACGUUUUCUCUGAAGGAGGAAGCAACAAAGCCUGCGAGUUAGCAGAGGCUCACUACAGGUUCACCGAGACACGGCUUCUGGUCUCAGCCUUGUGUUUAGACAGCACACCAGGCCACCCACGCUAUCUACGCUUAUGCGAGGCCCUCAACAAAUCGCUACCUCAGAUACCGGUUGUGCGUCACAUUGCUAUACUAUUCGUCAGUGUAGUGCUGGGCUGCAUAUGGAUUUUGUACACCGGUAUCAAAGGAUACGAGAACAACGUCAUCAGUCGAACUCGAAAGCGUAUCAAUGAUCCUAUCUAUUUCGACCCCACAGCACCACGUUGCUAUCUUUACUCAAAAAGCGAUACGCUUAUCGCUUGGCAAGAUGUCUACGAGCAUCUGGAAGAGUCAGCAUGCGCUGGUAUGCCUGUCACUGAAGUGCUGUUCGAGAAAAGUGGGCAUGUCGGACAUGCGAAAGAAGAGCCGAGACGGUACUGGGAUGCUGUUUUCGCGACAUGGCAAGACGCACAAAUCAUGGAGAAGGAAAACGUGUAUGCCAACUUCUCCGAAGCAGAAUUUCUGGUGCUAGAUCUGCCGAAAUUUCCGGACUUUUCUAAACAGAGGUGGAGCAACGACGGUUUCCAACGCCUUUCCUGUUGA